ACCUGCAUUGAACAGGAUCUUUUCAUUUUUCUCCAGUGUGUGUGUGUUGGGUUUUUUUAACGCCCAAACAGGCUCAACUUGAUCCGCACUGAGAACCUCCAAAGCGCACAUCACAAGUAGUCGUCAUCAUGUCUGAAGAGGCUCCAACUCAGCAGCAACCACCUGAGCAGGAGAAGAAGGCUGAUGAACCCCCUCCAGAUGCGCCGCAGGAGUCAUGCAGCAGCAGCAGCAGCCCCCCCGCAGCCGAGGAAAAGACCAUCCCCUGCCGUGCUCUGGUCCUGACGGGUUAUGGAGGCUAUGACAAAGUGAAGCUGCAGGUGAAAGCACUGAGCCAACCUCAGCUGCAGGCAGGAGAGGUGCUGAUACGCGUCAAGGCGUGCGGGCUCAACUUCGCCGAGCUGCUGUGCAGACAGGGGCUGUACGAGCUGCUCCCUGCCCCGCCUGUCACGAUGGGGAUGGAGUGCUCCGGGAUCAUUGAAGCAGUCGGGGAGGAGGUGACGGAUAGAAAAGUGGGUGAUCGUGUCAUCACUAUGGGCAAGAGUGGCAUGUGGCAGGAAUUGGUUGUCGUGUCCGCUGACCGCACCUUCCCGAUGCCCGAGCAGAUGAGUUUUGAGGAGGGUGCUGCUCUUCCUGUUAACUACUUGACUGCCUACAUGAUGCUGUUUGAGAUGGCUGGCGUUAGGCCGGGCAAGAGCGUUCUUAUCCACAUGGCAGCAGGUGGUGUGGGUAUUGCUACUACCCAGCUGUGCCAGACUGUGCAAGAUGUGACCGUUUUUGGCACAGCAUCUGCCUCUAAACAUGAGACCAUUGCCCAAGGUGGAGUAACUCACCCCAUUGACUACCGCACCAAAGACUACGUGGAGGAAAUACGCAAAAUCAGCCCAAAAGGAGUGGACAUAGUCCUCGACCCACUUGGUGGCUCAGACACUCAAAAAGGAUUCAGUCUGUUGAAACCUCUGGGAACACUGAUAGUAUUUGGUGCAGCCAAUUGUGUGACAGGCCAGAAGAAGAACUUGUUGGCCAUGGCAAAGACCUGGUACAACCAGCUGUCUCUCACAACCCUGAAACUGAUGCAGUCUAACAAGGCCGUCUGUGGCUUCCACCUGGGUUACAUCUCUGAUGAGCAGCUCAUCAGCAGGACUAUGUUCACGCUGCUGGAGCUCUACAGUCAGGGAAAGAUCAAGCCCCGUAUCGACUCAAGCUACCACUUUGAGGAGGUGGCUGAUGCCAUGAAACGCAUGCAUGAACGCCAAAAUAUUGGGAAAGUCAUCCUUCUUCCUGAACCCAAGAAGGUGGAAGAGAAGCCAAAGUCCAACCCUGAGCCCGAGGAAAAUGUGGAAAAAACUGACGCUGCCGUCGACGAGAAGAAAGAAGAGGCCAAAGAGGAAGUUAAAGCAGAGAAGGAUUGACAGAGUUUGGGCUCAGCUAUUCAGAUGUUUUGUCCAUCUGUGGGUGUAAUUCAAUGCUGUGACGUAGAAGACGCCACUGAGACACAAGAGAGAGACUUUUUCCUCCAUCCACACCACACCAGCUCCUCACAUUCCUCUCCCCACCCUCUCAGUCCUGCCUUUUGUCAGUAUCUGAAGCUGGCCUCUCUCAAAACCCUCUCCCUCUUCAGCUUACUUUGUUUUGAUAUAUAAAAACAUACUAGUAACAAUAUUUCACAGAUAAUGCUUUGUUAUUUACACUUGUGACAUUUUUUUUCUUUGCCACUUGGAGAAGUAUUGUUAAGCUUGGCUGGGUUUCCUUCUCCUAGUAUGCAGUAAGAUCUGAUGUGGAGUUUGAGUGGGAACUGGAGUCUCAUUGUGCUUGUGCAAACUUAAUUUUCCCACAAACUCCCAGUGUGAUUUACUGUGUGAGUCAUUUUAUUUCAAGAAUAAUUACUUUCUUUUGGGUUGUUGUACUGCUUAUUUCUUAAACUCACAUGCCAUGUGUUGUGCCUGAUGUUUGCCAGAUGUUUCCAACUUACUACUGAAUUAACCAAAGUGUAGAGGAGUUUCACUAAUGAAAAUGUAUAUGAGCUUUAGCAGUAGUAGAUAAUCAUUUGCUGAAGACACUGCAGCCUACCAACUUAUUAUGAAAAUAUAUCUAUAAUGCUUAAAGAUGAAUUCAAACAUCUGGGAAUGUAGAAGCAUAACUUGUUUUGUGCUUUUUGCGCCAAAAUAUUUGUAACAAUCAAAAACUGUUGUCUAAACUUACAUAUUUGAGAAAAGUGUCAUGUGUACAAUGAUAAUU